AGGUCUGCUACACAGCCAGUGGGGAGGGUUGGCUGUGUAGUGUGGUGCGGUGGUCCCGCUCCGCCAAGUAGAGACGCCUCCUCCGCCGCCGCUUUUACUCCAGUGGCGUGGUCUUUGUCGCCAAUUUUCCUUCCCGCUCGCUCCUAAUUCCCUUGGAUUCCAUCGCAUCAGUCAACAUGGGCAAGAAGGAGGAAGAGGAGGUCAUAAGAAUCGCCAAGAAGAUGGAUAAAAUGGCGCAGAAGAAAAACGGGGCCGGGGCUUUGGAUCUGUUGAAGGAGCUGCGCAGUGUCCCCAUGACCCUGGAGCUGCUUCAGUCCACCAGGAUCGGGAUGUCCGUAAAUGCCAUACGCAAACAAAGCACAGACGAGGAGGUUACGUCCCUAGCCAAGUCCCUGAUCAAGUCAUGGAAGAAGCUUUUGGAUGAGCCUGGAGGUGGAGAUAAAAAUUCAGAGGAGAAGAGGAAAGAACAAACGACGCCCGUUUCUCCGUCACAGGGGAGCCCAGAGGCGAAAGAGGAAAGCAGCUCCAGUAGUAAUUCCAGCAGCAAGAGCGAACCCACCGAAGUCGCCACCAACACGUUAAUCAACACCUUUCCUCGUGCCCCUGGUACCUCCGACUCCAUCCGGAUCAAGUGCAGAGAGAUGCUGUCCAAUGCUCUGCAGACUGGAGACGAUCAUAUUGCUAUUGGUGCUGAUUGUGACGAACUCGGAGCACAGAUUGAGGAAUGCAUCUUCCAAGAGUUUAAGAACACAGACAUGAAAUACAAGAACCGCGUGCGAAGCCGAAUCUCGAAUCUGAAGGACGUGAAAAACCCUAAUUUAAGGAGGACCGUGCUAUGCGGGAGCGUAACCCCCGAGCGGAUGGCGAAGAUGACUGCAGAGGAAAUGGCCAGCGAUGAGCUGAAAGAGAUGAGAAAGAAUUUGACCAAAGAGGCUGUCAGGGACCACCAGAUGGCCACCACCGGGGGCACUCAAACCGACCUAUUCACCUGUGGCAAAUGCAAGGGGAAGUGCUGCACUUACACACAGGUUCAAACUCGCAGUGCUGAUGAGCCAAUGACCACGUUUGUCUUCUGCAAUCAGUGCGGAAAUAGAUGGAAGUUCUGCUGAAUCUGCGGGCGUCAUCCAUGGCACUCCGGACAAGUAGCAAAAUUCCUGGACCAGGUUCUGUCGAUCUGUCUGAAACAGAUUGGAGUUUUGUACUCUGUGGUACAUGGUACACAACAUGCCAUACAAAGAUGCCACUGCAGUCACCGUUUGAAUAAAUUUCUUGUUCAUAGAUUGAGCUCGUUGUCAUUUCCCCAGAGCCCCCCCCCCUCCAAACCCCCCCACCUCCCAAAACUAAGGAAAAACCUUUUACCGUUGUUAUUAGUUGUUCUUCACUGUCAGGAUAUAUGCGAUCAGUCUUGUCUCUUUUAUCUGCAUUUUUUUUACAUGUAGUUUUAACACUUUGGACAAUGUUGUUUUGCUUUCCCACUCACAACAUUGCAUUGUUUUAUUUAAUUUCCCAAUAAAGUGUAAUCCAUUUGAUUAGAAA